UAGAAUUGUUUUUCAUCAGUAGGGUUUCAGUCUAUGCUGAUCAUUUAUCGAGUGCAGUUGUUAAUUCGUUAAAAAAAGUUAGUGUUUUACUUUUUAUUGUACUUAUUCAAAUAUUUGUUAAAAAUGCCAAUUGUUCAAACAGUAUUGGGUGCAAUUGACCCCAAUCUUUUGGGUCGUACUCUUACCCAUGAACAUAUCGCUCUUGAUUUCGAGAACUUUCACUGUGACCCUCCAGAGGACUUUAAACCAUUUUUGAAUAAGAAAAUAUGUAUGGAAAAUUUGGGUUUUGUACGCCAAUACCCCUAUUCAUCAUUGGACAAUGUACGUUUCUACGAUGAAAACUCCCGAAUUGCUGCUCUCAAGGAUAUUGAGUUAUAUAAGAAAUUUGGUGGUGGCACUAUAGUGGAAAAUAGUUCUCACGGUCUGAAGAGAAAUAUGGAGUUUAUGGUUGAAGCUGCCAAGAAAACUGGUGUCCAUAUUGUGGCUGGUACUGGCCAUUAUGUGCAGGAUUUGCAGGAACCCGAUCAUGUUAAAAUGAGCGUAGAACAAAUGACCGAUUUGUAUUCAAAGGAGAUUAUAACUGGCGUUGAUGUUGAGGGUGUGGGUAUGGUGAAAUGUGGUUUUAUUGGUGAAGUUGGCAGUGUUUAUCCCAUACACGAUUUCGAAAAACGUGCCAUUAAGGCUACUGGUGAAAUUCAAGAAGUUUUAGGCUGUGGUGUUUCCUUCCAUCCGGGUCGUGAUGCUCAAGCUCCCUUUGAAAUUAUGCGUUUGUAUUUGGAAGCCGGAGGGAAAGCCAAUAAAUGUGUUAUGUCUCAUUUGGAUCGUACCAUCUACGAUAUGGAUCAAUUAUUGGAAUUCUCAAAAUUGGGCUGUUACCUACAAUACGAUCUCUUUGGCACUGAGUGCUCGUUGUAUCAAUUAAAUGUAAAUGUCGAUAUGCCCUCCGAUGCCCAGCGUAUUAAUAAUCUUAUGAAACUCAUUGACGAGGGUUUGGUUGAUCGCCUUCUUAUGUCCCAUGACAUUCAUACUAAACAUCGUUUGACUUCUUAUGGUGGCCAUGGCUAUCAUCAUGUCCAUAUGAAUGUAUUGCCUCGCAUGUUUGCCAAGGGCUUAUCUGUGGAACAAGUUGAACAAAUGACUGUUGUCAAUCCCGCCAAAUGGUUAGAGUUUAAUAUUUAAAUUUAUUUGUUUAUGUACGUUUGUUGUUUAUUUUUUUGUGUUUAGAUUUUAAUAUACAUAGAUAUAUUUUCUCAUUGUUUUUAAUGAAAUUUUAAGUUUUAAAUUAAAUAAAUAAAUUCUUAAUAAUGAA